UAAAAGACAAGAAAGAGAGAGGUAGACGGUGAGAGCAUACUGUGGUUUUCUUUGAGGAACUAUUUUGUCUGCACUCAUCAAAGUCUGCUAUACUGCUGCUGUUCGUAUGAAGUGAACCCGAGGCUGAUUACUCUAAUUGGAUUCGCUCCUACACAUUUUUUCAAUUUGAUUAUUUUUUGAUCCUAACUCUUUUUCAUUUUUGGACUUCCUUGUUUGUGGACAGUUAUAUUUCCUUUUUUGGAAUAUAUUUUUACUUUGGUACCUGAGCCAUUAGAACUGCAUUUUUAAAUAUUCAGAGAUGGGCAACACACAGUCAGCUAUAAAGUAUCCAGGCUACACAUUAGUGAGUGAAGAUGAGCAGAUGAUCCUGGUGAAAAAUGAAGGUGGCCAUCAGUUUGUCAUUAAAAAGUUUGACAGAGGACAGGAAAAUAAUUUAAACUUUCUCUUACAACUCGAUCAUCCACACAUCGUCCAUCACAAGGAAGUCAUCGCAGGUCCUGACUGUCUGUAUCUUGUACUGGAGCUCUGUGAGGGUGGAGAUCUUGUUCAGAAAAUCAAACACAAAACACAGGAAGCAGAUACAUUUUCUGAGAAUGAGAUUCUGGACUGGACUGUGAAGAUCUGCAUGGCAUUAAAGCACCUGCAUGAUCAACAGGUCCUCCAUAAAAACCUGCAGCCCAAGAGCUUAUUUUUCACUGCAUGUGGUAUUAUUCGUCUGGGAGAGUUUGGAGACAUUUAUGAAUGUGAAAUUUGGAGGUUGGGAUGUGUCAUCUAUGAGCUGUGCGAGCUGAAGUGUGCGUUUAAAGCAAGAAACCCAGUUGAGAUUGUUACAAAGAUACUCACCUGCUCCUAUGAAGCUCUUCCCAACACCUUUUCUGAGGAUCUUCGUCAGCUUGUGAAAGACACACUUCAGAAGGAUCCAGAGCACCGGCCAUCUGUCAAUGAGAUCCUGAUGAGGCCUUUUAUCAUUGAACACCUUCAUUCAAUGAGCAUUCAAACUAUUGAGGAGCUUUAUAAGACUCUAGAUGUAAUGAGAAACCUGGCCGAUGGUUUGGAGACGGUCCACUUCAACACAACCGUCAGCAGUCUCACGGGAGGAGUGGUAGGUCUGGCUGGAGGAAUCACAUCUAUAGUUGGACUUAUUCUCACUCCGUUCACUCUCGGAGCCUCUCUGAUAGUGACAGGUGUGGGAAUCGGUACGGCAGUCGCUGGUGGAAUAACAGCUGGAGCCAGCAACAUAACAAACAUGGUUAACCAGCAAACAAACAGAAGGAAGAUUAAAAUGAUCUUAACAGAGUUCCAGGAGAAAAUUACCUCCAUUAUAUGCUGCAUCCAAAACAUCUCAACAGCAGUGGAAACGCUACAAAAUGAGUUUUCAACAAGCAGUGGGUCACUUUCUAGUCCACAAUCCGGGAUGAGAGUAGGAGCUCGACUUGGACGAGGACUGGGAGGAAUCCCGGAGCUUCUUCGUUUAACUCAAGUCGUAAAAGUGGGGCAUAUUGCAGCUCAGGCUGCAAGAGCAGUUCGUGUGGCUGAAGCAGCUACAGGGGUUUUAUCUGCACUUUUCAUAGCUGUUGACGUCUUCUUCGUUUUUCUCGACUCCAGAGAAAUCCACAACAUCCGCAGAGAUUAUGCUUUAAAAUCAAGUCGACAAGAAUCCACCAGCAACCAAACCACAGGGCUGAAUGACCAGACACCAAAUAACAGCGACACAACAAACCUGCUGCCUUCAAACACUGAUCAAGCAGAAGAGAUGAAGUCUGAAACCAUGAAAUUUGUGACAAAAAUAAAAGACACUACAGAGGAGCUUCAGACGAUUCUGGAUACACUACGAGACGCACUGAACCCAAACUCUGAGACCCCAAACACAGAUAACUGAGAAUGUGUUUUUUAAUCACAGAUAAACGCGUUGAUUGAAGUAGUAGCGUGAGCGUGAUUUCAUCAAGUACAACAUGUUCCUGGAUCAACAUCCUGGUUGAUCCUGGAACAAAAUUCCAAUUAACGAAUCAGAAUUGAGAUAUAGCUUUGCAUCAAAUAUCUGUUUUAGGCUUAAAAUCAGGGUUAGAUUCUUCUACACCCUUGUUAAUCAGCUAUCAUUUCCCACUGAUUUUAGGAAUAAAUUAUGGGUAGGGUUAGGUUUUGAGGUAGGGAUUGGGGUUAAGUCUAAAUUUUUGGACAAUUAUGUUGAUCCAGGAUCAUCAAAAAAAUGUUGAUCCAGGAACAUGUCUUACUUGGCAAAAUCACGGCGACCGUAGUAGUAGCAGGUGUUGUAGGACAAUAAUACAAUGCAAUAAAUAAUGCAUCUAGUUCAUAUGAUGAGCAUAAUAUGUACCAUUCAUUUCAUAAUAUGAACCAUUUAUUUGGAAUUUGAAUGCCUUAUUUCUUAUUUCUAAUAACUUAUUUCUAAUUUGAUUUAUUUUCAUACUGUUGUGCUGGAUUUGCCACCACCUAGCAUACUGGCGGUUUUAGUGUCAUAUUUAAAGGUUUAAUUUUAUUUGUUUCAUCAUAUUUCUACAUUCAUAAGGUUUUUUUCAAACAAUUACUUUUAUUUAUGCAUUUGUUAUUGUACCAAUUCAGAUUCAACUUCUGUGCCACCAUUGCAGGGCAAAGAUUCAUUUUGUUGAUCAGCUGAUGAACAGCCUGUUUGAGUUUAUAUGCAGUUUUCAAUAAAUUGCCUACUCUCUA